GACUCCCAGCAUGCACCUCGCGGCCGGCCCUCAGUGGAAGCGGGAACCCAGGCGGACCUGGGAGUGUGGCAGCGAGGAAGGGGCAAGCCACGGACUGUGGAGCCGAGACUCGCUCCCGCCACCCUUUCUCGAGGCUGUGGCCUCCGCGAGGGCCGAGCGGGCCGCACCGCCGGCCGUGCGACUGCCCCAGACACGGUCCCCGCUUCUAGCCCGCCUAAGCCUACCUGUCGGGGGUUGCUGACUCGUUUCCUCCCCAAGUUUCCCGCGGGAACUAACGCUUGAAGAGGACCAACCGCAGCCCAGAGCUUCGCAGACCCUGCCAACCACAGGCGAGGUUGAGAGCCGGGCGGGCCGCGCUGAGAGAGCGUCCCAUCUGUCCUGGAAAGCCUGGGCGGGUGAAUUGGGACCCCGAGGGAAGCAGAGGAGUUCGGCGGGGUGCGGAAGUGCCCAGGCCCCUCCCCGCUGGGGUUGAGAGCUUGGGCGUGCCAGCUUCACCCUUCCCAAGUUCGCUUCAGGUGUCUGGGCCCAGCCUCGGCCACCAUGUCCCGCCAGACCACCUCUGUGGGCUCCAGCUGCCUGGACCUGUGGAGGGAAAAGAAUGACCGGCUCGUUCGACAGGCCAAGGUGGCUCAGAACUCCGGUCUGACUCUGAGGCGACAGCAGUUGGCUCAGGAUGCACUGGAAGGGCUCAGAGGGCUCCUCCAUAGUCUGCAAGAGUGGCAUUUGAAAAAUGAUUUCCAGGAUGGUCUGAUCUGGAUAACUUUUUUGCACUUUCCAGACUCUCUGUCCAAAGGGCUCCCUGCCGCAGUUCCUGUUCUUCCCUUGGAGCUGACUGUCAUCUGCAACUUCAUUAUCCUGAGGGCAAGCUUGGCCCAGGGUUUCACAGAGGAUCAGGCCCAGGAUAUCCAGCGGGGCCUAGAGAGAGUGCUGGAGACACAGGAGCAGCGGGGGCCCAGGUUGGAACAGGGGCUCAGGGAGCUGUGGGACUCUGCCCUUCGUGCUUCCUGCCUUCUGCCAGAGCUGCUGUCUGCCCUGCACCGCCUGGCUGGCCUGCAGGCUGCCCUCUGGUUGAGCGCUGACCGUCUUGGGGACUUGGCCUUGUUGCUAGAGACCCUGAAUGACAGCCAGAGUGGAGCCUCUGAGGAUCUGCUGUUACUUCUGAAAACUUGGAGUCCUCCAGCUGAGGAAUUAGAUGCUCCGUUGACCCUGCAGGAUGCCCAGGGAUUGAAGGAUGUCCUCCUGACAGCAUUUGCCUACCGCCGAGGUCUCCAGGAGUUGAUCACAGGGAACCCAGAGAAGGCACUAAGCAGCCUUCAUGAAGUGGCCUCAGGCCUGUGUCCACGGCCUGUGUUGGUCCAGGUGUACACAGCACUGGGGUCCUGUCACCGUAAGAUGGGAAAUCCACAGAGAGCACUGUUGUACUUGGUUGCAGCCCUGAAAGAGGGAUCAGCCUGGGGUCCUCCGCUUCUGGAGGCCUCUAGACUCUAUCAGCAACUGGGGGACACAACAGCAGAGCUGGAAAGUCUGGAGCUGCUAGUUGAGGCCUUAAAUGUCCCUUACAGUUCCAAAGCCCCACCGUUUCUCAUUGAGGUAGAAUUACUACUGCCACCACCUGACCUAGCCUCACCCCUUCAUUGUGGCACUCAGAGCCAGGCCAAGCACGUACUAGCAAGCAGGUGCCUACAGACGGGGAGGGCAGAAGACGCUGCAGAGCAUUACUUGGACCUGCUGGCCCUGUUGCUGGAUAGCUCGGAGCCAAGGUUCUCCCCGCCCCCCUCCCCUCCAGGGCCCUGUAUGCCUGAGGUGUUUUUGGAAGCAGCGGUAGCACUGAUCCAGGCAGGCAGAGCCCAAGAUGCCUUGACUCUAUGUGAGGAGUUGCUCAGCCGCACAUCGUCUCUGCUACCCAAGAUGUCCCGGCUGUGGGAAAAUGCCAGAAAAGGAACCAAGGAACUGCCAUACUGCCCACUCUGGGUCUCUGCCACCCACCUGCUUCAGGGCCAGGCCUGGGUACAACUGGGUGCCCAAAAAGUGGCAAUUAGUGAAUUUAGCAGGUGUCUUGAGCUGCUCUUCCGGACCACACCUGAGGAAAAAGAACAAGGGGCAGCUUCCAACGGUGAGCAGGGAUGUAAGUCAGAUGUGGCACUGCAGCAGCUUCGGGCAGCCGCCCUAAUUAGUCGUGGACUGGAAUGGGUAGCCAGCGGCCAGGAUACCAAAGCCUUACAGGACUUCCUCCUCGGUGUGCAGAUGUGCCCAGGUAAUCGAGACACUUACUUUCACCUGCUUCAGACUCUGAAGAGGCUAGAUCGGAGGGAUGAGGCCACUGCACUCUGGUGGAGGCUGGAGGCCCAAACUAAGGGGCCACAGGAAGAUGCUACGUGGUCUCUCCCCCUGUACCUAGAAAGCUAUUUGAGCUGGAUCCGCCCCUCUGAUCGUGAUGCUUUCCUUGAAGAGUUUCGGACAUCUCUGCCAAAGUCUUGUGACCUGUAGCUGCCACGUUUCCAAGAACUUGAGCUGGGGCCCCAUUGGGCUGUCUCUCUGUGGGGAGGGCUUUCUGCUUCACCAUCGUUAGGAAUGUGACCAUUCCUAUAUAAUUCCUGAACUGGUGAGGUUGGUGGUAGGCCUGUGAAAUUUGCCCUAAUUACUACCAUUCUGGUUUUGGAGGAAAUAAUCUCUGCCACCACCAAGUCAUUGGCUUCGCUCGAGGCACCUUUCUUCCUGUUUCCCCUUUUCUUUUGUCGAGUAAAAUUUCAUAUUUAUC